CUAGCUUAUCUGCAACCCCUUUGCUUAAAAUGAACAAUGUAAAGGCUGAAACUUGAUUGUUGUUCUUUUAGGGAUGGCGAGAGCAAGAAAAACCCCCAAGUUUGCAGUUAUGAAAAAGCUUGUAAGCUCGAAAACACUUCAGAAACACAAAGAAGAAAUUCUAAACCCCAAUAAGAAAGAUCUCGAAAAGCAGAAACUCCCAAGAAAUGUGCCAAAUGUUUCUUCUGCACUUUUCUUCAAACACAACACUGCGCUGGGACCUCCUUAUCGGGUUUUGGUUGAUACCAACUUCAUCAAUUUUUCCAUUCAAAAUAAGUUGGAUUUGGAGAAAGCCAUGAUGGACUGUUUAUAUGCAAAGUGUACCCCCUGUAUCACCAGUUGUGUCAUGGCAGAACUAGAGAAGUUAGGUCAGAAGUACCGUGUAGCUCUCAGGAUUGCCAAGGAUCCUCGAUUUGACAGACUGCCUUGUACUCACAAAGGAACUUAUGCUGAUGAUUGCAUUGUUGAUAGAGUUACUCAGCAUAAGUGCUACAUCGUUGCCACAUGUGAUCGAGAUUUGAAGCGAAGGAUUCGCAAGAUACCUGGUGUGCCAAUCAUGUAUAUCACUAAGCGUAAGUACUCAAUCGAACGGUUGCCUGAAGCAACAAUUGGUGGAGCUCCAAGAUACUGAUAAUGCCAGAUCUGACCUUUCAGCAAGAGGAAGAUCAUUGGUCCUGUUCCAUUUCUAGUUUCC